CUGAUCCAACCAUUUAGCAUAAACAGAGACCAUUCCUCUGUCCAAGCAAAAACCAUGGCCACUUGUUCACUCAUUUCCACACGCUUCCAUUCUCCUUCUUCUUCACUCUUUCGUUCUUCAACCAUCAAACCCACCACAACAAUUCACCUUUCCAAAACCCUUCAUCUUCACACUCCCAACCUUUUCCUCCUUCGCCUCCCACCACCAAAACUCACAAUACCCCUUUUACCCAAACUCUCCAUUCCCAAACCUCUUCUCCUUCUCUGCACUUCCCUCGCCCUCUCCUUCACUCUCCUCGUUUCCAACGCCGACUCCGCCGCCGCCUUCGUCGUCACCUCGCCGCGGAAGCUCCAGUCCGACGAACUCGCCACCGUUCGCCUCUUCCAAGAGAACACUCCCUCUGUUGUCUACAUAACCAACCUUGCUGUCAAGCAGGAUGCAUUCACGCUGGACGUCUUGGAGGUUCCCCAGGGAUCCGGGUCUGGCUUUGUUUGGGAUAAGGAUGGUCAUAUUGUGACCAAUUAUCACGUUAUUCGUGGUGCCUCUGAUCUCAAGGUCACUCUAGCUGACCAGUCAACUUAUGAUGCCAAAGUUGUUGGUUUUGACCAAGACAAGGAUGUUGCUGUGCUGCGUGUCGAGGCACCAAGUGACAAGCUCAGGCCUAUACCUAUUGGGGUCUCUGCUGACUUGCUUGUUGGUCAGAAGGUUUAUGCCAUUGGGAACCCGUUUGGACUAGAUCACACACUCACAACAGGGGUCAUCAGUGGUCUUAGGCGAGAAAUUAGUUCUGCUGCAACCGGUCGUCCAAUUCAAGAUGUUAUACAGACAGAUGCAGCAAUUAAUCCUGGUAACAGCGGAGGGCCUCUCUUAGAUAGUUCUGGAAACCUCAUUGGGAUAAAUACAGCCAUAUAUUCUCCAUCUGGCGCAUCCUCUGGUGUUGGAUUUUCUAUUCCAGUGGACACUGUAAAUGGUAUUGUUGACCAAUUGGUGAAGUUUGGGAAGGUUACAAGACCUAUUUUAGGGAUUAAGUUUGCUCCAGAUCAGUCUGUGGAGCAGUUGGGUGUAAGUGGAGUGCUUGUGUUAGAUGCUCCUGCCAAUGGUCCUGCUGGGAAAGCAGGCCUGCAAUCAACAAAGCGUGACUCGUAUGGUAGACUCAUUUUAGGUGACAUCAUAACGUCUGUGAAUGACAAGAAGGUUACUAAUGGAAGUGAUUUGUACAGAAUUCUUGACCAGUGUAAAGUAGGUGAAAAGAAAGUCCUGACUCGGUCCUCUUCCAUACAUCACUGAAUCUUGAGUCUUGUUCAGAACAAAUUCUAAUCAAAUGACCUUAUCGAAAGUUCAUGCUGAGUGGGAUACCCAAGGGAAAUCCAGCGUAUAAGACCUAUGUAUUUUCUUAAUCUGUUUUUAAACUUGGUGUUGAAUUGCCUCUAUGUAAAACAUCUCACCCUGUGCUAAAUAACUUGCAUUGAGAGACUCAAUUUGAAGCUACUUUAUUUUCCUAGUUUAAUGGUUAAUGGUGUUGCUAUUCAGGUGAUUGUUGAGGUUUUGAGAGGUGAUCACAAGGAGAAGAUCCCUGUCAUUCUGGAGCCAAAACCUGAUGAAU